GCUCUGGAUCUCAUUGUCUGAGCUCUCAAAUUUCUUGCAAGAGAGGGGACUUUCUAGCGAGUGGGAGAAUUUUGUAGUCGGAGAUGUUGGGGGUGUUCAGCAGCUCGAUCGUUUCGCCUCCGGAAGAGCUGGUGGCUGCCGGCUGUCGGACUCCUUCGCCAAAGAUCACGUCUGCGGCACUGCUGAACCGGUUCAUCGAGACCAAUGCCUCCGCGGUGUCCAUACAUGUCGGAGACGAAGUCCAGUUGGCCUACACUCACCACAAGGAGUCCCCGUUGCUGCCCAGGUCAUUUGCAGUGAAGGAUGAGAUAUUCUGCUUGUUUGAGGGAGCCCUCGACAACUUGGGAAGUUUGAAGCAGCAAUAUGGCCUUGCCAAGUCUGCGAACGAGGUGGUCUUGGUCAUUGAGGCUUACAAGGCACUCCGUGACCGUGCACCUUACCCUCCCAACCACGUUGUUGGCCACCUUAGCGGGAGUUUCGCAUUCGUAGUCUUUGACAAGUCUACCUCAACCCUCUUUGUUGCUUCUGACCAAUAUGGUAAGGUUCCUCUGUAUUGGGGAAUCACUGCUGAUGGAUAUGUGGCUUUUGCUGACAAUGCAGAAUUGCUUCAAGGUGCUUGUGGCAAGUCACUUGCUUCUUUCCCUCAAGGAUGUUUCUUCUCUACGACCGUAGGAGAACUGAGGAGCUAUGAGAACCCAAAGAAUAAGGUCACCGCGGUUCCUGCUAAUGAUGAAGAGAUCUGGGGUGCGACAUUCAAGGUGGAAGGGCCAGCGGUUGUUGCAGCCACAGAGUGAGUGAUAAAACAAAGUCUAAUCCAAUUUGGCUGGAAAGGGUGGGUUUUUAUAUGGCAAAGACUGAUGCAUCCUCCAUGCUCCAGUGGCCAUGUAAAAUAGCUGAACGAGUGAUAACAACUGUUGGUAAUGGAAAUGGUUUGGUUUUUGUGGGUAGUUUUGUGAUAUUAAGUUAUGCUUUGCUCUAGCUUGAACGAAUGUACAGUUGUAAUUGCUAGUCUCAUAAGUAAUAAAGUACUGUUUUUUAUUUC